GGCAGGGGCAAGGUAAGGGGGAAGCGGGAGCAUAUUCGCUUGGCAGAGUGCGGGCAGUAACGAAAAUCAGGGCAAGCCCUGCGAGGGCUCGCGGGAACUACGGGGGGCUCCACGGAGUGAUAUGAUACUGUAGUCCACAUGAAUCCACUUUUUCGUAGGAGCAAAGUAUCCCUGCCCGCGACAUAGGGACGACGGAGGGAGCAAAGGUGAAGAUUAAUUAAUAACUAAACGGUAAUAACAGUAAUAACACCUUCUAAUGGGAAAAGUGGGAGAAGUCAUCUCUCCAGGUCCCGUUGGUUCACCCUGUCAUGGGUACAAGUAUCAUACCCGUGUUUUCCCACUCUGCUUUAUCACCGUUUUUCCAUGUACAGCACUUCGUCCGAUCUUCCCCACUCUGCAAUUGCAAUGAGGAUUUAUCGGGUGCUGGGCCGUGAUGCUAGCAACUGGCAUUCCAGCACCCCUAGUCAAAACACCGCUCAGGAACCUCGGUCGCCGGUUGUCACGUUCCUUUCCUGGCGGCUGGACCGAGUUUUGGAGAGAGAGAGAGAGAGUUGUCUUCCUUCUCUUGUGCCUGGCUUGGCACAGAGCUCACUCUUACCCGUACCAUCGGUGUAUCAUACCGACACGCCUGGAUCAACACGCCUGGCUCCUGCAUGUCCUCAACCAGCCUGAGGCAACACAUCCAGAAAUCACUCUCCAAAGUUCACCACAGAUAGGGUGCAGGGGCUAAGAAGAGAUUGGCUAAGUGGAAGGUAAACACAGGAAAAGAAGAAAGAAAAAAAAGAAAAAAACCUCCCGAAUACGGUGUCAUACCUAUACUAGAUUCAUUACACGCUUGGUUCCGUCUAAUCAUUUACCCUAUCAAUCUCGAGCCAAUUAUUCCACGCUCGCUCGCGGACGCUUAGCUCCUACGGUACUUCCCCAGAACCUCGCCUUCGUCCACAAUCCCUCCUCCUCCUUCUCCCCCAUUCCGCAGACCCUACCCAUCCCCGGCCUUCUAUCUCAUUUCUUAUUUCCGCCAUGAGAGCAUAGGAACGUCACUUCCUCACAACACCCGGAAAAUCAAAUGUUUACAGCAACACGGAACUUUUUCAGACGCAACCGCAGGAACUUUGCUAUCGGCGUCGGUCUUGCCGGCGCUGGCUACCUUGUCACCAAUUAUGUCCUAUCGAAGCUCUCGGAUGCCCGAGAGCGCAUGUCCAGCGACCGGAUAGCCCGCGAAAAGUGAUGUUUCCUCCUUCCCCCCUUGACAAUUCGAUUCCCCCAUACUGACGGAUGAUGGUUGUGGGGGUGAAGUCUUCGCCGGCGGUUUGAACAAAAUCAGGAGGAUUGCACAUUCACCGUGCAAGCCCUACUCCCAACUGCUACCCAAUUGAUUCUCGAGGAGUUGCCCGUUGAGAAACUCACCCAGGAGCUACAGCAGAAGAAGGCUGCGCGGAUCGCAAAGAGUGGGACCCUUGCAGGAGCUGGCAUACCGAUAGAUGCGGCAUCCGAGGCUUCGGCCGCUAUCACUGCGUCCGGAGGUAAAGACGACGAUGCGCAAUCUGUGCAGUCCUUCGCUUCGGAGUCGUACGUGAUGGCGCAACGGGAAGGCGAGGAGAAGCCGGCAAGGAAGUCAAGGGUGAAGCUUUGGGACGAGAUCAAGAUCAGCUGUAAGUUUUUCGCAAACCACUACCCCCGCCCUCGAGCCGCGAAUUAAUGAGAUUGCGCCAAUCCAGCUUUAUCACGGUCCUUCACCCUGCUGUACACCCUUACCCUGCUUAGUUUACUAACCAGAGUCCAACUCAACCUCCUCGGCCGUAAAAACUACCUAUCCUCCGUCGUCACCCUAUCGGCGCGCGACGGCGAGCCUACCAUUCGCCUGGAAGAUCAUGAGACCGGGGGUUAUGGCACGGACAUGGCAACCAACCAGCAGUACCUAACCUUCUCUUGGUGGUUACUGAACCAAGGAUGGCGACGACUCCUUCAGAGGGUCGAUCAAGCCGUUCGGGAGGUUUCCGCUUCGUAUGUCUCAUUUUACUUUUCUUCUUCCUUUCUUUCACUCGCUCCUCACAUUCAAUGCAUGGCGGAAGGCAGCUCCACUACGAUGGUUGAGGGUUGAAAUAAAAACUGACAAGCCUGGAUCUAAAGAUGGACAGCGAGGGACACCAUCUCACUGGGACAAAUGAAGCAGCUAAUCCUCGAGACCCGGAAGAUCAUCGAGGCGGAAGGUGAAUCCAGGUAAGCAAGCCCAAUUUCUCCCACCCCGUAUCGUGACCACAAUCACGAUAGCUUCUCCCCCACGUGGGAGACCCGUCCCAAACCCGCACCCCCAGCAAGCUAACCACACAAGACCCACCAGUAUCUGGCUUCCAUUCCUCCUCCCCCCACGCUCCGACGAAGCCAUAGUCCUGGCCGAAUCCGGCAUCGCGGCAACCCCCGAGGGCGAAGAUCUGGACAUCGUCUCCCCGUCCCUCCGCCGCCUCCUGGACGAGACCUCGGACCUGAUAGACUCUCCCAACUCCUCUGCCGUGACACGCAAAAUGCUGGACGCCGGCUUCAACUUCUUGCUGGAGAAACUCGCCGAUGGGGCAUUCAAGCAGAAGGCCAUGGCACUCCCGGCCACCAUAACGAUGGAGAGCCGCAUCACACCCACACGCGAUGGUGGCGAGGAGAAGGCGUUGAUGGAGGACGAUGCUGCAACGACAAAGUUUGCCAGCGUGCUCGCUGUGCUCGCGAGACAGGGGCAUUUGAUUGGGAAUGGAGUGCCGAAUGAAUACUUGCAAGUGUGUUACCUCUCCCUCUUCCCUCUCCCUCUCCCUCCGAUUUCAUCCCGCGCCCCUCUCGAUCCCCUCAUCCCACGCCGGACAACGCUGCAGUGCUUUUUAUUGUACAGCGAAGCUAUGUGUGAAUUCUUGGUAGGUCCAACGUUGCUAACACGUCGUGAUUGGGCAGGUUAUUGAGCAACAAAAGGAGUUAGAAGCUUUCAGCGCUUUAGUAUAUUCGUCAAAUUUUGAGUUCGUUGCCGAGACGGACGACGGUCCUGCAUCCUGGUUUUGAGACACAAAGGAUGGACACCUUUCUUGUCUGUUUGCUCUAUAAUUCCCUAAAUACUCCCCCCCGUUCCUCCUCCUUUACGAAGACCUAUUUCCCUCGCCCCCAAAGUACUGCCAUCAUGUAUUGUAUCAAGGGCCGCAAAUUCAAGACGUUUCUAUUCUCCUUCCCUUCCUCUUUAAUUCAAAGCAAAUCAUUUCCCC